UACUAAUUCCUAUAGGCUAUGUUCACAAGGCCAUGAAUAUAGGAAAACUAGUACCUUGCGCAUGUCGUGAAUUUUUUGUUCUGACGUGAAAACGCGCGAACUUGAUACGUUGGUUGGUUUUUCAUCAGACACCGUUCAUUAUUUUGAAAAAUGCAUGGCUUUUUGAAAAGAGGUAAGCUCGGCACCAGUGACAGAAAGCCGACUUCAAGUUCGAGCUCAAAGGAUAAGCGUAAAGGACCUACACCACCAUGGGUUGAAAAAUACAGACCCAAAACUGUAGAGGAUGUUGUUGAACAAGGGGAGGUAGUCAAAGUUUUGCAACAAUGUCUAGUUGGUGGCGAUUUCCCCAAUCUGUUGUUUUAUGGCCCACCAGGUACGGGCAAAACCAGCACAAUAUUAGCUGCAGCCAGACAAUUGUUUGGGGACAUGUACAAGGAUAGGAUACUAGAAUUAAAUGCCUCUGAUGAGCGUGGCAUCCAAGUCAUCAGAGACAAAGUCAAAACUUUCGCACAGUUAACAGCCAGCGGCACAAGACCCGAUGGUAAACCGUGCCCUCCAUAUAAGAUAAUAAUUCUCGAUGAAGCAGAUAGCAUGACUAAUGCUGCUCAAGCAGCGUUACGACGCACUAUGGAACGUGAAUCUCGCAGCACACGAUUUUGCCUAAUAUGCAACUACGUCUCUCGGAUCAUAGAACCGUUAACAUCACGUUGCACGAAAUUCAGAUUUAAGCCAUUGGGCCAAGAGAAAAUCAUUGAGCGACUAGAACUAAUUUGCAAUAUGGAAAAAUUGAAAGCAGAUAAACCUGUAUUGAUGAAGGUAGUUGAUGCGUCUGGUGGAGAUAUGAGACGAGCUAUAACAUGCUUACAAUCUGUAGCACGACUAAAAGGCAAAGGUGCCGAAAUUGCAAUAGAUGAUGUGCUGGAAGUCACCGGGGUGAUUCCUGAUAAAUGGUUGGAUGAAAUGAUUGAAAUGUGCCAAUCAAAGGAUUACAGCAAAGUGGAAAUGUUCAUCGACAAUUACAUGAUGGAAGCUUAUGCAGUAUCACAGGUUAUUGAACAAUUGAAUGAUAAAAUUGUUUAUUCCACCGAACUCUCUGACAAACAAAAGGCGAUAAUUGGAGAAAAACUUGGGGAAUGCAGUUAUCGAUUGUUGGAAGGAGGUAGUGAAUAUAUGCAGUUAAUUGAUCUUUGCUGCGGUAUCAUGAAAGCCUAUGAAGUUGAUUAAAAUAAUAUUCAGUGAUUUAAAAUUUCAAUGCGAAUGCAGAACUAAUUUUAAUUAUGUAUCUAUAUAUUUUUUGUAAUAAAGAACUAUGUAUGUCGAU